GCCCUACGAGCUGCAAUCGCUGCUGAACACGAGAGAGUUGCACAAUGCUUGAUAACUCAUCAAGCGAAGAAGUUCAAACUCCAAGAGCUGUCAAUGGCCGACUCAUCCAAUUUGUCAACUAAUACACCAACAAAUGAGCCAACAAAUGUGCAAGCUCCGGUGAUGCCGAGUGCGCAAGCAACAGCGGAACCAACAAUUUCCGCGCUUGCAGGCUCCAAUGGGACGCCCUCGGCCAAGGGCAUUGAGAAUGUCCGAAAGCGGGCAGAAUCGAUAUGCAGAGACGGAGAAUAUGGGAACAUUCUACAACUGGCCACCUCCCGAGGCCUUGUAUCGACGGUCGAGCUUCUUCUCAAAUAUGGAGCCGAUCCAAACAUACAAGACACCUCGGACAGAAGAGCUCUGCACAUCGCUUCAUGGUUUGAUUUUCCGGAGAUCGUCGAUCUCCUCCUAAGUCAUGGAGCCGAGAUAAAUGCAAAAGAUGAGUAGGGUGCAACAGCUCGAGACCAAGCUGAAGAGUCACUCGAUCGAGGUGGUCAUCCUGGGGGAAGUGAGGCAGACCUUCAGAGAAUCCGGCAGACGCUUGCAGACAAACUAGGGGAGAUCAACCGCGAGAAACCUGGUACCGAGUUCAAAGGCCCCAAAAAGACGAUGGCCAAGCGGGAGUCGAAAAGGGAAAGGGAAGGCCAACGUCUCAAGAAUUGAAUGUGAAAUCAAGAGAAGUUGGGAUUGGCGCGACAGAGACCACACUAACAUCGACAGAAAAUCUUUCCGGGGUAGUCAAAUCAACUUCCACAGGAACAGAUCCAAGGUCAACAGAAGUCAAGCCAGAGAAUGCAAUGAAGGCGUUGCCAAAGGCUGCAGGAUCACAAAAAGCGAAGCCAGUGUUCACAAUGCCCUCUUGGAUUCCUGGACUUGGAUUUCACGCGACUAUAGUUGAUAUCUGGGAAUCUGAGGCAAAGACUGACUACGAAGAAACCGUUUUCC